CGGUUGAACAAACACAUAAGCAAGAAGUAAAAGAAAAGCGAGCAAAAAUUAUAAAAAUAAUAAAAACAACACCCACAGCAUCGAGUACAUAAGCAAGGGGUCUUCCAGGGGCAAAGACGAAGCCACAGUACGAAAAGUGAAAAUAUACGGAGAAAAGUUGCACAGAGCGGCGAGCAUAUUUCAUAAGUUUACACACUUACGGACACACAACCACACACACAUACACGCACAUACAGAGACUAAAACAUACACAUAGAGCCAUAUAACAAAGCCGGGAGCCAGUUAGAGCGAGUCCAAGUCAUAUAUGUGAGACGAAGGCGGCGGCGACAAAGGCUAACGCACGACCUUUGGCACAGAGUUCAGCUACUGCAGCAAAGGACACGAACACGGACACAGGACACAGCGACGAGGUCAACAAAUCAAUAGAAACAAAGCGCACAGCGAGAAAACAAUUGGCCACAAGCAUUGCCACAACAACAGCAGCUAGCAAACCACCAAAAUUCACUCACAAAUUAUGCUGGCCAUGUCGACCCUAAUGAUGCCCGCCCCGACUAUAGCCAUGGGGGCCCCGCAGAUCACGAUGGGCCCCCACAAGCCGCCAGAAACGAAACUGCUUGCCAUACAUCCCGCUGCAGCAGCAGCGGCUGCCGCUCAGCAACAGCAAUCCGUGACAGCUGCCCAUCUGCAGCACAAUGGUCAGCAGCAACAUGCCCAGCAGCAGCAACAGCAGCAACAGCAGCUGCAGCAGCAACAGUCGAAUGCACAGCAGCAACAUCAACAGCAGAUCGUUGGCAGCAACUCCAAGCCAGAACAAUUUCACAUCUUUGUGGGCGAUUUGAGUGCUGAAAUCGAAACGCAACAGCUGAAAGAUGCAUUCACGCCAUUCGGAGAAAUAUCAGACUGCCGAGUUGUGCGCGAUCCGCAGACACUGAAAUCAAAGGGCUAUGGAUUCGUCAGCUUUGUCAAGAAAUCGGAAGCGGAAACCGCCAUCACUGCUAUGAACGGUCAGUGGCUCGGCUCUCGUUCGAUUCGCACAAAUUGGGCCACCCGAAAACCGCCAGCCACCAAGGCAGACAUGAAUAUCAAACCUUUGACCUUUGAUGAGGUUUAUAACCAAAGCAGCCCUACUAACUGCACCGUAUACUGUGGCGGCAUCAAUGGCGCCCUCUCUGGCUUUCUCAACGAGGAGAUAUUGCAGAAGACAUUUUCGCCAUAUGGUACAAUACAGGAGAUACGCGUCUUCAAGGAUAAGGGUUACGCAUUUGUGCGAUUCUCGACAAAAGAAGCAGCCACACACGCCAUCGUAGCUGUCAAUAAUACGGAAAUCAACCAGCAGCCGGUGAAGUGCGCGUGGGGCAAGGAAAGCGGCGAUCCGAAUCACAUGUCCGCCAUUGCGGGCCAAGCGCUGGCGCAGGGUUUCCCCUUCGGCUCAGCAGCUGCCGCGGCCGCAGCAGCAGCCGCCUAUGGGCAGCAAGUGACCGGUUACUGGUAUCCACCGGCACCCACAUAUCCCACAGCGGCACCGGCCAGUGCCUUGCAGCCCGGCCAGUUUCUGCAGGGCAUGCAAGGCUUCACCUACGGUCAAUUUGCAGGCUAUCAGCAGGCCAGCUACAUGGGCAUGGGCGUACAGCUGCCAGGCACUUGGCAGAGUGUCCCGCCACAGCCGCAGCUAACCAGUGCAGCGGCCGCCGCAGCGCCACAGAUUACUCAGAGCGUCGGCGGCGCCCUGCCUCAGGCAGCUGGCGUUGUGGCCUAUCCCAUGCAACAGUUCCAGGUCAGUCCACAGCUGGCGGAGGAUGAGUGGCUGGCACCUAGUUUGCUGGUGUAGCUGCCAUGAGCGGUGGCCAUGUAUCCCACACAGCAG